UGAUUGGCUGGGACCAAGAGCGUUUCCCGUCUUACAUUGGAUACUGCGGUCUUGGCCACGUCCCCAAGCCACGUCGCGCUUGACUCGCCAUUUUCCCAUCUUCUGGACCCAGAAACCGUUUAUUCUAACAUCACAGUGUCAUUCAGCGCUGUCGGAUAGGAAAAAAAACCGUUGCCGGAGACAGGCAGAGUUCUUCAGAGAAUCUAGAAUCGCCCUGCUACUUGCCGCGUUCCUGCAAACAUGAAUAUUUUCAGGCUAACCGGCGACCUCUCCCACUUAGCAGCUAUCAUCAUCCUGCUGCUAAAAAUAUGGAAAACCAGGUCUUGUGCCGGUAUUUCGGGAAAGAGUCAGAUCUUGUUUGCCUUGGUGUUCACCACUCGAUACCUUGACCUGCUCACAUCGUUCAUCUCUCUCUACAACACCACCAUGAAGAUCAUCUACAUCGGAUGUUCAUACGCCACUGUGUACCUGAUCUACAUGAAGUUCAAGGCAACUUAUGAUGGAAACCAUGACACGUUCAGAGUGGAGUUCCUGGUCGUCCCUGUUGGUGGCCUGGCUUUCCUGGUUAACCAUGACUUCUCUCCUCUGGAGAUCCUGUGGACAUUUUCUAUCUACUUGGAGUCAGUGGCCAUCCUACCUCAGCUCUUCAUGAUCAGCAAGACGGGAGAAGCUGAGACCAUCACCACCCACUACCUGUUCUUCCUGGGUCUGUACAGAGCUCUCUACCUCAUCAACUGGAUAUGGAGGUUCUACUUUGAGGGGUUCUUUGAUAUGAUUGCCAUCGUUGCUGGAGUGGUGCAGACCAUCCUCUACUGCGACUUCUUCUAUUUGUAUGUAACAAAAGUACUGAAAGGAAAGAAGCUGAGUCUGCCAGCCUAAGUGCCAAAGAAGAGUGUUUUGGCAGACUCAAAUCGGGCAAUUGGAGGGGAGGAGGAGGGGCAGCAGACACCUCUGACAGCCCCAUUCCCCCAAUAUCAGCAGUCACUUCCUCCUCUUCCCCUCCCACCAGUGUAAGAUGCCUGAGACAGAGAGCUAGCAGGAGCCACUGGCUGAUCCAGAAUCAGUGGAAUUGGAACACCUUCAGCAGCUGCUCCUUGGCCUGCAGAUUUCUGUUUGAUGCAUCUUGCCUUAACUUUUUUUAUUACUCUGUAUAACGGAAGGGAAAAAAAGCGAGAAAUGUUUUCUACAUAAAAUGUGUGAUCUGGAGAUUCGACACAUCGAUGGAGCUCGGGAGAUAAAAUUGCCUGUGAUUUGGCACUGUAUGAUAUAGAAGCAGACUUCUUGUGGUGGGAUAUUAUUGAGCAUUUUUAAUAGUAUUUGCAAUCAAAAUAAAAUCUCUUUGUUCUUG